AUGGUUCUGGUAGAAGACCGAGAAAAUGAAGAAGGCUUGGGUCCAUUGGAUAUGCUGAGCCCCUUUGGGUUGGAAUCAUCAUCUUCCCUACUGCGGAGCGCCUGCUGCAUAGAAUCACCAGGUUCACGCAAGAAAGAUACAGUCAAACCCAAGGGAAAUCAAGACAAAGAUCAGGCGCGAAGAAUCUUGGGAUACGAGUCCCGCGAUCCUUUGGAACCGGAAAAUCAAGCAAGCAAGCGGUUCGAAGAGAGCUUCAAAUGCAUUGGGCCCGAUUCAGGAGUUUUUGCGUGA